GCGUUGUCGCAUCCACUUUAGCGCGUUUACACUCGCGGAUUCUUGCGCCGUGGUCGGUACUUUACAAACGGUUUUGCGCACGCAUCUGGCGGCAAAUUGGCAGCGAGAAGCCCGCGCUAAUAAUAAAUAUAUAUAUUUUUGAAAAUCGCCAAAAACGGAGGAACGCAAAUCCAUAUCACACCGUCAAUUAUCUUAGCUGAUAAUAAGCGAACCACAAGAGGGAAAACGACAAGAUGCAUGUGCCAUUGUAAAGAUAAAAAGGAAGGAUAUUAUUGGAGCAGUAUUCCUUUGUUAUAUAUGGAAAACCGAUAACUGAUAUUAUUUUACUAGAGUACAGAGAAUUUGAGUGUUAACUUUUUACCUACAUAUAUAGAACCCGCUCACAUAUACAGAUAGAAACCAGAAAUGGGUAAAGAUUACUAUAAAACCUUAGGGCUGCCAAAAACUGCCACCGAUGAUGAGAUCAAAAAGGCCUACAGGAAACUGGCAUUGCGCUACCAUCCGGACAAAAACAAAGCCGCCAAUGCCGAGGAUAAAUUCAAAGAGGUCGCCGAGGCCUAUGAAGUCCUUUCAGACAAGAGCAAACGGGAGGUAUACGACAAAUACGGCGAGGAUGGUCUAAAGAGUGGAGGCACUCGGAACGGCGGUCCCUCCAGCAACUCGUUUACAUAUCAGUUCCAUGGAGAUCCGCGGGCCACCUUCGCCCAGUUCUUUGGCAACAGCAAUCCGUUUGCCUCGUUCUUCGACAUGGGCGACAAUCUGUUCGACAAGAACGUUUUCGAUCUGGACACGGAACCCGACUUCUUUUCAUCGCCCUUCGGAGGAAUUGGAUCGCGGCAUGGUCUUGGCAGUGCCUUCAGGCCCUCUUUCAGAUCACACUCCUUCAAUGUGCACACGCCGUUCAAGAAGGAGCAGAAGCAGGAUCCGCCCGUCGAACACGAUCUCUAUGUGACGCUGGAGGAGAUCUACCACGGCUGUGUUAAGAAAAUGAAAAUCUCCCGACGCGUCGUCCAGGCGGAUGGCAGUUCGCGCAAGGAGGACAAGGUCCUGCAGAUAUCCAUCAAGCCCGGCUGGAAGUCCGGCACCAAGGUCACCUUCCAAAAGGAGGGCGACCAGGCGCCCGGCAAAAUCCCCGCCGACAUUGUGUUCAUCAUCAGGGACAAGCCGCAUGCCAUGUUCAAGCGCGAGGGCAGCGAUCUGCGCUACACGGCGAGACUGACGCUCAAACAGGCUUUGUGCGGCGUUGUCUUCCAAGUUCCUACCAUGUCCGGCGAUAAGUUGCGCAUCAGCACCAUGCAGGAGAUCAUUAAGCCGAAUACGGUGAAGCGGAUUCAGGGAUAUGGGCUGCCGUUCCCCAAGGACACGACACGCAAGGGGGAUCUUCUGGUGGCCUUCGACAUCCAGUUCCCGGAGAAGUUGACUGCCGCCCAGAAGGAGGUGCUCAGAGACAUGUUAUGAGGGAUUGAGGGAUUGAAAUCCUUACCAGUGACGACUCAGACUCUCACACAGUCCGGCCAGAGAAAACUCGGACUUAGUCAUCCAACACAAACACAGCGCACUAAAACCAAACCGAAUCCAUCUUUCAAUUCUAUGUCCUAUUCAUCGUCUAACAUCGCAUCCAUAUCUUCCCUCAUUUUGCUUGUUUUUUGUGUUCAGUGAAACAUUUGCUCAUUUCUUACAGGAACUCCUUCUUAACAAUCGGUUUUGCUCAUCUCAACGCCACGAACAUGUUUGCAUAAUAUAUAUAUGUUGACCAUAGUUAUUAUAUCAUUAAUUCUUAAUUUAUUUGUCUAAAUUAAAGCUACAUUUAAUAAAAUUACACAAACACACACAGAAUACAUGUGGAAGAAAAAACAAGCGAA